AUGGCCGCCGCCGCCGCCGCCGCCGCCCGCCCCCUCGUCUCCGUCCAGCCGCUGGAGAACGACAUGGCCACCGAUGGAGGCGCCGCCGGCGUCAACUCCGUGGCCCUCCCUGACUUCUCCAACAACGCCCGCCAGCCCUACGCCGUCUCCAGACACGCCGGCGAGCUGACCUCCGCCGAGUCCUGGGGAACCGGCCGCCCCGUCUCCCGUAUUCCCCGCGUCCCCGGCCAGGGAGCCUUCGGGAACAUGUGUCGCGACGGGAGGAUGUUCGCGCCGACCAAGAUCUGGCGCCGCUGGCACAGGGCCAGUCAGCUCAAAACCCUAGAGCCAUCAUUUCCCCAUAACCCCAAAUAUCCCGAAAUGGCCGCCGCCGCCGCCCGUCCCCUCGUCUCCGUCCAGCCGCUGGAGAACGACAUGCCCACCGAUGGAGGCGCCGCCGGCGUCAACUCCGUGCCCCUCCCCGACGUGAUGAAGGCUGCCAUCCGCCCCGACAUCGUGACCUUCGUCCACGGCCAGAUCUCCAACAACGCCCGCCAGCCCUACGCAGUCUCCAGACGCGCCGGUCACCAGACCUCCGCCGAGUCCUGGGGAACCGGCCGCGCUGUCUCCCGUAUCCCCCGCGUCCCCGGCGGCGGCACCCACCGCGCCGGCCAGGGAGCCUUCGGGAACAUGUGCCGUGGCGGGAGGAUGUUCGCGCCGACCAAGAUCUGGCGCCGCUGGCACAGGGCCGUCAACGUCACCCAGAAGCGCCACGCAGUUGUCUCCGCCAUUGCCGCGUCUGCCGUCCCCUCGCUUGUGUUUGCCCGCGGGCACAGGAUUGAGGAGGUUCCCGAGCUUCCCCUCGUCAUCUCCGAUGCUGCUGAGGCUGCGGAGAAGACUAGCGCCGCCGUGAAAAUCCUCAAGCAGGUUGGUGCGUUCCCUGAUGCCGAGAAGGCCAAAGACAGCCACUCAAUCCGCCCUGGAAAGGGGAAAAUGCGGAACCGCCGCUACAUAUCCAGGAAAGGGCCGCUCGUGGUUUAUGGAACUGAGGGAGCAAAACUCGUCAAGGCUUUCCGCAACAUCCCAGGUGUUGAGGUUGCCCACGUCUCCCGCCUGAACCUUCUCAAGCUUGCCCCUGGUGGCCAUCUUGGGAGGUUCAUCAUCUGGACCAAGUCUGCCUUUGAGAAGCUCGACGAGAUUUAUGGAACUUUUGAUAAGCUCUCUGAGAAGAAGAAGGGUUAUGUUCUGCCAAGGACCAAGAUGGUCAAUGCUGACUUGGCCAGGAUCAUCAACUCCGAUGAGGUGCAGUCUGUGGUGAAGCCGAUCAAGAAGGAGACUAAGAGGGCCCCCCUGAAGAAGAACCCAUUGAAGAAUCUGAAUGUGAUGCUGAAGCUCAAUCCUUAUGCUAAGGCUGCCAAGAGGAUGGCACUUCUGGCUGAGGCAGAGAGGGUUAAGGCUAAGAAGGAGAAGCUUGAUAAGAAGAGGAAUCAGACCACUAAGGAGGAGACAUCAACAAUUAAAUCUGCUGGCAAGGCCUGGUACAAGACUAUGAUCUCAGAUAGUGACUACACAGAAUUUGAGAACUUCUCAAAGUGGUUGGGUGUGUCU